AAGUCUAAUGAGUUCUCCGUCAUCGUGCUCGCUGAACGCACCGGAGGCUACUGCGGUAAGAUGCGACGAUGCCUCCGCCGCGGCGGAUGACAUGAUGCGCAGUGACCGAGCGAGUGAAGAGAGGGAGACAGAGCGAACGUCCACCGCUGUGUUCGGCUCUGACGGAGACGUUGGGACAGAAGGAUUUAACUGCUGAGCCCCGCUGCACCGCUGUGAUGCAGGCCGACUGAAGGAUGCUCCAGCUCCAGGGAGGGUUUCAUGGGCUUCGUCUGUAAACAGUGAGGAAGCGGAGGGACGUGAAGUGAAGGACACUUAAUCCAAACCUGAAGCGGAGACUCUGUGAAUCAAAUGAGGUCGCUUUGUGGCAGAGUCUGAUGUGGAUGUUUCUUCUCCAUCGGGAGACUCAAAGAUAAGGACAACUCUUGCUUCAUGAAAACAACUCUUUUUUUGGCAAAAAAAAACUCAGAUGUUGUCAGGAUGAUCUGAAAAUAUGAGAUUAUCCAGAGAGUCUCAUCCCUUGUGCUCUGUCAGCUUUGAAUGUUCUCCUUUUGUCAGAAUGAAUCACUGAGAAAUUCAUCAGAGGAUUUCAGCUGUUUCAUCAUCAUCAUGCCCACUGGAUUUCUUCUCAACUUUGAUCUUUCUACCUUUGCAUUGUCACGCUCUAGAUCAAGAAUAUAUUCCUGAUAGUGGCAGUAAUUCCUCUCACAGAUGAGAUUUCAACUUGACCUUACAGACUGAAGGAUAAGUGAGCACAAACUGAUAAAACAUAGAUGAGGCCAACAACAAGCAUCAUGCUCCAGCAGAAUAAUAACAACAACUACCCCUGUCUGAAUAUGUCGGGCUCCACCCGGGAGAUGCUCCAGAAGUGCUCCAGACCCUCUCUGCCCUUCCCCAGCCGCCUGGAGCUGGGCCUCGGAGACCUGCCGCUAAUCCGGGGCCUCCGAGCUUGGGCUUUGUGCUCUAAGAACCGCUGCAAGGCCAGUGGUGUUCUGGGAGGAGUGCAGGCCCCCACAGCUCCACCUGCAGGCCAAGGGAGUUCAACGUCGUGUCCCAGGCCUGCAGAUGUGUACCUGAGUGGGGAGUGGAAUCGCAUGGGGUAUGGGCUUCCCUUGGGGCUGGAUGCCCGGCAGGCUGGUAUUGGAGCUUUGGUAACAGUUGCCUCUUUGAAGACCUCAGAGGGCAGCGGGAAGACACAGACUCAGUGCCUCUUCCUCCGGACUGAGAAAGGAAACUGCUUGUACUCAACAGCCAAGCCUGGUUCUAGGGCGAUUACUGGUGCAGUAUCCAGUGGUGUUGGAGGUUGGCUGAGAGGGAAGACAGGAGGUAGAGACAAUCCUGUCGGGAGGAAAGACAAUAGGCCAAAUCUGAUGGUGCAGCCUGGAGCAAACCGGGUAAGAGUGCGUUCAGGCCGGAGGUGGAGGAAGUCUGGCAAUGUAGCUGGCCGUGAGAAAGCGAGCGUGAGCAAAGAGAGGCAGCAGAGGAGCAGGGAGGGUCCUGCAGGAGAAAGGCAGGAAGAGCAGGACAAAGGAGGCCUGGACAGCCUGCAGCAGGAGGGCAGGAGAGGCAGGGAAGAGAAGGAGGCAGUAUGCAGAAGUCCCAGAAUCUUCUACAGUGUUUCUCCUAAAACCUAUGCUCAGUGUGGAAGGAGAGCACAGAGAAAGGAGGAUGAAGGUGAGGGAGGUGAAAAUCUGAAAGCAGGUUUCCCAAGCGGCCACAACAGUGAUGGGAAAGGAAUGAGGAAGGAGAAGCAAAAGAAUGCGGAAGAGGAGGACGAGGAGGAAGGAGGCCUGUGUGAGUUAGAGUCUUCUAAUUCUGUUUUGGCUGAAUCAAAACCUGACCUAGAAUCUAACUGCCUUCACCCACAGUCCCUCAGUGGCUGUGAUGGUGAAGAGAAUAGAGACGUCAACAGCAACGAGGAACUGAAUACACAAACCUCUGACGGCAUUGAAGACAUCUCAGAAAGAGAGCAGGAUACAAACUCUGGAGUUAUGAAAGUACACAUCAGAAACGAUGACUUCAUUCAUGUCCACUCUGGACAGUUGACUGACAGUUUUACAUCAAGACAUCACAGAGAUUUUAGUGACAGAGCAUCAACUGAAAACCCCUCUGAGGAAAUACUGGCUAAUGUAAACAGAUUUUCUGAUGUAGAGUCACAGAAAGAGAUGGAGAGAGUGGUGGGUGAAGAGAGGAGCGUGAAUGAGAGUCUUUCUAAAUUCUCAAAUGUGUCCAACGGCUAUGAGGACGUCUCUCUGUCCCCUCGUCUUGCCCCCAUAAGUACUGCAGUCUCUUCUGGGUCCUCUACUCCUGCAGAGGGCAGCAUCCACUCUGCUGACCAUGAGGCUGGUUUGGUUAAAGGAGAAAAAGAGACCGACCGAGAGGGGCGUCCUCCAGAGGAGUCAGACCCUGCCAUCAUGGGUGUUGUCAGACUUGAUCCUCUCGAACCAAACUCUGUGACUGAGGAGGACAGCAGUGAAGCUCAGAUUUACUUUCAAAAUGAGGAAAACAACAGACAGGUGGAGGAAAGAGAAGCUCCCCCUUCUCCUCUCAGACACACAGAUCCCUCCAUCAGUGGGACCACAACUGAAAACAGUUCUGUGAUGACUGAGUCUCAGUGGAGACACGAGGAGCAGGAGAAUAAAGAGGAGACGAGUGGCAGUGAAGCUGAGGAGGCCCGCAGGAGGGAGCCCACCUGCAGAGAGCUGGACAGUGCCAGUGUUAACCGCCAUGACAGCAAGACAAGUGUUGGUGUCAUACUGGAGGACAAUUAUGAAAAAGAGAGCUGUUCAUCUGAGGACAAAGGGAGGCCACAGAGAGGAAGUGAGGAAGAUGAUGAAGAAGACGACACCUGUGGGGAAACAAACGUCGCCCACAGAGAAGAAAAGGGAGAGAUGAGCGCUAACACCUCUUAUGUUGCCUGUGCCAAUCCCAUCACCUCUCAUGCACUCUCUCUGGUUAAUCCUGACCCCUCUCUGGGAUCCAUGGCAACCUGUGUGCAGGAGGAGGUGGAGGAGGGGGUGGAGCUCAGAGCGACAGCAGAAGACGGAGGUCAGGAAGGGAGCGGGAGGUACGGGAGAGAGCCUGAGGAGCUCUGUGAGGAGGACAGGGGUUCCACCCUGGCCACAGAAGACGUACGGAAGGAGGAGGAAGAGGAGGGGGAAGAUGAGUUUGGAGUGUUCAUGCAGGCGGAGGAAGAGCCGGCGUGGAGCGAGGGGAUCAGCAUGUCUGCCUCAGUGCCUUGUGGGAUCAAAGAGAGUGUUGGUCUGGGAAACCACAUACCCACUGCUGAGUCAACCCUCUGGACACCAGGCUGGACGGACAGCUCGUUCCACCAAUCAGACGACUCUUGGACCGCUUUUCCCCAGGAGUCUUCAGAUGAAGGUGGAGACGUCGUGGGACAGUGGUGGCCCCGCAGUGCGGUGAAGGACAGGAGAGACGGCCUCUCAGCCAAUCAGAGCGUGGAGUCUGUCUUUGCCGAGUCCUUCCCCUCACUGCCCAGCUCGUCCUCAAGUGACCACUGCGACCUUGACACUGUUCCCACUCUGACCCAGCUCCUCAGAGGCAGAACCAACCAGGACCAGGGGCUGUUGGACAGUUUCCAUGACCUGAACAAAAUGAUUGGCCAGAGAUUCAAGAGAGCCAAUGGCGUGUCACGUGACCUGCUGCUGACGACGUUACACCUAGAGCAGCCGCACGCUGAAAGCAGAGCCGCUCCCUGGACGGCCAGCCUGCGUCUCUCUCCCGGCCUCCCCUCAGCCAAUCGUCACGCUCAGAAUGCCGCUGCUAAGCGACGGCUGUCGUACGACCACAACAGAAACGUCAUGGAGUAACUUUGUGAUGCGUGAGCAAACGCAGUUUGAAAAUAUUGCAGGACUGUGUCGGACAGAUCGGCGACAGAUUUCUCUGGAUUAAUGACGUGUGAAACAUGCUCAAACCCUGUUUGACCUUUGACUCUUUGUGCAUCGUCUGGUCAUUUAAGCCUCAGCCACUGAAGACACGAGCAGAGCAAUGCUGACGCCUCCAGUUCCUGUUCUCCAUCUUGAAUGGUGGAGUGAUUUCAUUACAUGUGCACCACCUUGUUCUUCACCUGUGUUGAUUUUAACUAUUGACCUUAGUACCAGCAGGCUGUCAUUGAGCAGACCUGCUGCACCUGUGGUCACAACACACUCGCCAUCAUGUUGGAGGAGGAGUCCAGUCCGUCCUGAUAUUUCCUUCUGUUAUAAUAUUAGAUUAGAUUUUUAGAAAGAAAAACUGAGCAAAAGUUUAAGAACAAAAACAUAGUUUCCCAGCUUUGAUCCUGACUCCCUGUGUUAGUUGUUUAUUUACAUUUUUGUUAUCGAUUAAGAACAAUAUCAUAGCAUUUUUACACUGGGAUGUAACAUUGUCUGCUUCAUCCACAGGAGAAGGUGGAGACAGUUUGACAUGACCAGGACCACAGAGGACAGACUGCUGUCCUGGCUUCACAAGUGUUAAACCUGGUAGUUACUGUUUACGUGUUGUUGAAUGCACAGUGUUGAAAAAUGAAAAGUCUGUACUUCAGGAAGUAACACCAAACAAAGACAGUUGGUCAGGCUUUUGUUCUACUGCUGCAGAAUAAUGAGCAAACACUUUCCAAGCAGCACUUUCACAUGAUGAGGAGCAUCACAGUCUCCACAUGUAAACACCAGGAAGCGGCUUUGAGAUUAGAAUGAAAGACAAGUAAACAACAAGUAUUACAAUUCUGCAGCAGCAUAAGAACAAAGUGUGUUUGGAUUAGUGAACAAUUCUGAUUUAAUUUAGCUCCACAAAGAAUACUUUUUGUUUUACUGUUUUUUUUGUUUGUUUUUUAACAUUAGAAACAUUAAGAUAAUAAAUUAAGUAUAAAAACAGCUGGAGAAACUGAGUUGUCCUCAAUUUUUUGGUCAAUAGUGAGGCAAGAUUAAAUCAACGUAGGCUAAUUUAAAGAAAUAAUCACCUCAUCGUUUCUGUGCUCAUGAUGAUUUUGAAUGGUUAGCACGCUGGUUAGCACGCUGGCUAACUCGCUUCAGUAGUUCUGGCUCCUGCUAAAUUGGAUUCACUUGUUUGUGGAUGUAUGUUGUUUUUUUCUCACACAUUAAUCUUAUUCUUAUUCACCAAAAGUAUUAAAUGCAGCAAAUGAGAUGACGUGUUGUAGAAUGUUUGUAGAACGGUUGCCGUGGAAAUUGCAGAGAGUGGGAAUUUACUGCAUUUUAUACACUUUGUUAAAAAUGAAAUAAAGAAAAAAUUUGCCGUAUAUUUGUCCUUAUGUGGGAGGCAUUUAAUUUUUGGCCAAUUUUGUUUUGUUAUUCACUGCUAAUAUGAAGCAUGAAGGCAGAUGAUAUGAUGUGAUACAGGAUAUGAAGCCGCUGUAUUUGUUUUGGUUGGAGAGGGAGGGAAAGGCAGUGAUGGGAUCCUCAUUCUCAUGGUGAUCUUUGGAACUGCUGCCAAUCUUUAUUCAAAUAUCCUGUAGCAGCUGUUUUGAAUCCUCCUCUUCACACACACACACACAGUAUGUCUGCAUAUUUCAGUGUCAAAGUUCAUCAUCCCUCUGUUAUGAACAACAGAAAUAAAAGAAAAGAAGAAAAUGUACAGUAUUUUUUCACGUGGCGGACAAAGUUACUGACGAUGGGUGCACACAUCAAAGUGAAUAAUUUGCUUUUACUGUGCUAUAGUUACAUAUGAUAAAAUUAAAUAAAAUAAGCCAAUGACAGAAAUGAACCUUAAACAACAAGCUUGUCUUCCAGUUAGUGCCAACAGGAACUAGUGACACUGUUAAUGUUUACUAAGGUCACUAACUGCACUGACGUGAACUCAAGCACACAAAAACUCCAGCAUGUGAUGUUUUCUUUCUGAUUUUGUUUGUUUUGUUGUCGCCUUCCUGGCCGGCCGUCCUGUCUAUGUGAUGCCACAUUGUUUUGCUGUGAAGGUCACUUUUUGAACCAAAUUUGAAUUUAUUUUUCAUAGUAUUGUUCACGUCAGUGACACGCUGCUCAGUUUUCAGUUGGACUUGUGUGUUUUCACCUCAGAGCGUUUGUUUUGUCUUACUUUGAUGUGUUUCAUUUGUCAAUUGUGAUGAGUGUGUGUGCGUGUGCGCCAUUUGUAGACAUUUCUGACAACGAGACAGACGAAUAUUUUCUGAUCUGUUAAAAUGGGGAAUUAAAGGAGGACCUGUUACCUUGGUAACUGAUGUAAUAAAAAUGAUACUGCGUGA